AUGUAUUUACGGAUCCUACCUCACCAUCAAGAUACAGGUGGAUUUUUUGUGGCAGUUUUGAAGAAACUGGCUCCAUGGUCAUCAGCAGAAGCUGUGCAGAGGGAUGAAACAAAAACUGCAGAAGGUGAAAAUGACAUCCAGGCAUCAGCUUCUCCACCCAAGAAGAAGAAAAGAUUCUAUGGAUACAAGGAAGACCCAUUCAUCUACUUUGAAAAGGGGGAGCCAGUCUGGAAGGAACAGAUACAGAAAUUCUAUGGCAUUAAGGAUUCAUUUGAUGAGACUCUACUCCUGGUUCGAACACGAGAAGGGAAGAAGAGAAAUGUAUAUCUCACUACAGCUGCAGUAAAGGAGCUGGUGACUGACAAUGAAGACAAGAUCAAGGGAGCUUAUGUUGUGGGCCCCUUUCUACAUGACCGAGUCAUUUCUGUUUGUGACCAAGAUGCCAUACAACUGUUGAUGGGCUCUGACUUGGACAAUCCUCCCCAAAUCCACACAUUGAACCCUACUACUCAGGAAAAGCUGAACCAAAUAGAAACAGGCAGUGUGGCAUUAGUGUAUGAGGCUGAUGUGGAAGAAGAGGAUAAAUUGUCUCUCUACAUGGUUGGCUGGAAGGGGAAAGCCUCUCUGAAAGUCUACAUCUCCAAGAACGACAGAGUUCAUUUCCUCCGCCUCAUUGGGGCCGAUACCUCUAAGUUUGAAAAUGACAAGAUCGAGGACAAGUUUUGUGGCUCAAAGGAUGAUGAGGAUCAGGGAUCUGUGGGCAAUGGAGACAAUCAAAACGAUGCUGACUGAUUACUUCUUUGGGAGGAGAUGCAUGAAAUGACUCAUUUUUCACUUUUUUGUGCUUUGCAUGAUGAAAUGAAACAAAAUGAAGAAAGAAC